CACUCGUGGAAAGGUUUCAAAUCGGACGGAAGUAGAAUCGAUACUCCAGAAUUCGAUAGUGGCAGAAGUAUGGCCGAAAGCGGAUUUUCAUUUCUGCUAAAGACAAAACAGCAAACAAUACAGUGAAACUAUUAUUAUGACUGAGUUAAAAGUACUUUAUUGCAUCCUCUUGUUAACGUUUUUCGAGCUGACGUCACAAAUUCGACCGUCCUUACAUGGCCACAACAAUGCCUUCGUACAGGAUGACAAUGACGUUCAAUAUCUUUUGGACAACAUACCAAUGUCUAUGCAUAAGGAUUUUACAAAUACAGUACAUGGGGCUGGGGAUACAACAUCAGACGAAGAUAAAACACAAGAUUCGUUAUCUCAUGUUCAUUUCGAACCACAUGUUUUGGACUUCAAAGAGAGACAACUUGGUAUACCCCACCAAGAAACUGUGAUCUUAUUUAAUAGAGAUCAUAACAAAACAAUCCAUCUUUUAUCAAUUUCUGGAAAUACACGUCAUUUCCAUUCAUCGUUCUUUCGAAGCAAAGUAAUUCCACCGCUGGGGAACACAACGUUCGAUGUGAUUUUUCUUGGUCGAGAAGAAGGUGACAUCGACACGUAUCUUGUUAUACAUACUACAGAUGGAACUGUGAAAUACCAAGUAAAAGGAAUGAGCAUCAGUAGUCCAUAUCGACUCAGACCUGUAGUAGGUGUCAAGUUACCAUUAAAUGCAACAUUUACUCCACUUAUAUACAUGCACAAUCCACAUGCAGAAGCUUUAAAAGUCCUAGAGGUAUAUAGUAGCAGUGGAGAAUUUCAACUGGAAUUGCCAUCAGGAGAAGCAGAAGGUUCGCGUGAACUGUGGGAAAUCCCACCAUAUCAGACAAAGCCUAUUAUAAGAUUACAUUUUAAUGCUUACACAGAACAAAAUCAUACCGCGUAUAUUAGGCUUAAAGUAAAUAACACUUCAGAAGUGCUUGUCGUCACAGUCGAAGUCGAAGUUAAAAGCGAAGCUGGCCUUCAUUGGGGUGGAAGUUCUGGCGUAAUUAAUUUAGGUAUGGGUGGUUCGUUACAACCUCCCAUACAGUAUCCCAUCGCUUUGAAAAAUUCAGCGAAAAAGCCAAUUAAAAUUAUGAAUAUAAUUAGUACACCUGUUUCCAAAGCAUUGAGACUUCAUUUUGAGCAAGCGGUAAUUCCAGGAGACGCGGACAUACCGAUUGCCAUUGGAGUACUUGUCUACGACUGGAAGACUGGAUUAGAGUUACAACAUUUUAAAGGGAAAUUAGUGAUAAAGGCGAUAGGUCCCGGUGGUUCUAGUCAAAAAUUAACAAUUCCAUGGAUAGCACAAGUUCUACAGGGCGGUCUAGAAGUAAACGCAUCAAUUACGCAUUAUUGUUCUCUCCAAUCUAACCAAGCGCGAAAUUUUAGUGUCGUUAAUAAAUUUAAAUUACCGUUAGCUAUCACGAAUGUCACAAUGACAUCACACGUGAAGUCACUUUUUACGAUAAAAAAUUUUAUUCCAAGAGUGUUAAAACCAGAACAAAAGGUCAAUAUAUUUUCUUUACAACUUGCCAAAGAUAAAAAAACAGAUAACGUGAAAAUGGAGUCGUCAAUUUUAAUUCAUUCGAAUGUCUCGGUCACCGAAGUCCCGUUAUUUAGUUACGACGGGAAAGUGAGAAAAAUUGUUCCCGAGGAAAGGGAGAGCGAUGAGGGUACGAUGAAUUUUGGUACCGUAGGGAGCGGAACUGUGAACGAAGCUAUUUUCGCUUUAGAGAAUCAGAAUCCGAUUAAUAUAGAUUUGCAUGGAUGGGGAGUUAAUAUGCCUGGCGCGGCACUGGAACUGGUGGGGUAUCAAAGAGGUCCAGUAAAUUUUGUGGACAAAGAGCUUCGUAAUGUAAGCCUGCGUAGUCACACUGGCAAUCAAUACAUAAAGCCUGGUUAUUUAGCCAUUUUUAAAAUAAAAGUGAAAACUCCUAUGGUCGACGAAGACACCAUCGUGGGCGAUGUAUUUGUAAGGACGACUUAUGAAAGAUUCAUUUUACCGGUUUAUAUGCGAGUCGCGUAUGGAAGACUUUCUUUAAAGAAACUUAUUUUUACGGAUUGCUUUCCUGGGUCAAUUUGUGUGCAGCAAGUCAAAGUGUAUUCAGCGUUCGUAAGGCCCAUGCAGAUAACUCGUAUCGCGCCUGUUUAUAAAGAUAAUAGAAUAAAGUAUAUUCCAUUGGAAGAAGCGUCGAUGCCUAUUAUAAGGAAAGGCGAUAAUUACGUUGGGUCGGUAAGAAUCGAACCAUCAAUGACCUGCAGACAUCACUGUUACUUGGGCUUAUCAUUGGAGAGUAAUGGUGGCAAACAAUGGUUGAAUACUUUGGCCCUUCCUUCGCAUACAAGGGACUCCGACUUAAACUUGUUGAACACAAGAUACACGCGUUUUCUGAAUUCAACGGGCGGUCGUCCCUGGGAAAAUAUAACGAUGCGUUUAGAUACUACCGAAGUUCGCGGGCACAAAUUUCAUUUAAGCAUCAAACCGUAUUGGCCGAGCUUAUUGAGCGGGGUUACCAGCAACAAGAAUAAAGUCCCUUUGGUGUUUCCGUUGACGCAAGUGGGAAAUACGUCUUACAGCACGAUUAAAAUACACAAUCCAAGUACCAGUCCUUUAAUGGUACAGUUGGUGAUGGAUUGGAACUAUCCGCAAGGAACACGACUUUAUCAUUCGUUACCCGCAAAGUUUAAGUUUCCGUGCGUAGAAUGUGGGUCUUCGGUUGCGGAGGAAUUUAAAUUGGAAGAAAAUGUAGAAGAUCAAGAACGGUUUAAAAAAGUAUGGGAUGUUACGGUAGCGUCACAAUCGAUUCCUUUGUAUUUAAAACGUUCAGAAUCAAAAACUAUACGAGUGUCAUACACUCCUUUCUCACCUACAUUAUCAUCCGCACUUUUAUAUAUUAGAAAUAAUAUGACGAUUUUGGAAGUAUUGCGUGUUACGGGGCAAGGGGCAAAUGCACAAUUUAGAUUCGGAAACCGAAAGCCAGGUUCCACUACACCUUUGCUCUUUGAACUCGCCGACAAACAUCUAAAAGAUUGUGAACGAGAACGGUUUAAGCGAAAUCCUGUCCCAAACCUGACAGUGAAGAGAUCCUUUAUGGCCAGAAACACGGGAGAGCUGCCUAUAGAAGUGUACGAUUUUUAUAUUAACGGUCUACAGUGCGAAGGUUACGGUUUCAAAGUGUUGAACUGUAUGCCAUUUAAACUGAGUCCGAAUGCGACCAAGAAGAUUGAAAUCGCGUUCACACCUGACUUCACUUUGUCGCGUAUCGAGAGGAAGCUUCUUAUAUCGACGAGUUUAGGUUCGGACAGUGACAUCGAAAACGGCAUGGUGACGCUCAAUUUACUCGCUACUCUUCCACCGCAAUCUUUGGAGAAUUGUACAGCCGCGCUUGCAAGACCGUCGUGGGAGUACGCUGUGCAAUGGGCGGCCAUGAGUCUUUCUUCAGUACUUUUAAUAUGCGUCCUUGCCAUUUCGUUUCUCGAGGCAGACCGAAUACUACGCGGAGCAUUGGCCAGUUUCUCCAGGGAAAGUGCAGUUCAACCACCUUUCGACCUAAGACUGCUGUCCCACAUGCCAGUACAUUCUACGCAAGAGUCGACCUUCUUGAAGGAGAAGUUGAUAAACGAGGAGAAACAAAGAGUGAUAAAAAAGGAGGACACGCAUCCAGACUGGGCGCUUAUGAACGUGAAAAAAUACAAGGAGAAUGUUCAGAAAGGACUGAAGAUACCCGAUUGGUCCACGGAGGAGGAACGUAGAUUUAAAUUAGAUACCGAGGCAAAAGAUUUGUUGUCGUUCAAACGAUGCGAGGAGCCUACGUUGGAUAACGGUAAUAACGUCAUAAGCAAUAUCGCGCUUGGCGCCAAAAAAAGGAAUAGUAAGAAACAGAAUAACGCGCAGGAUAUUCAGACGGAGAACUGUACGACGGAAAAUGUGUUCCCGGACGUUCAGGGAACGCAAGAGAAGAAGUAUACCGUAAAUGCGUUUAUAAAGUCGAGUCCUGUAACGAAUAGAAAAGGGAGGUCUAAUCAAAUUGGUAACGUUAAGGAGGAAACGAAACUGGUCGAUCACGAGGUUCAAGUUGACACCGCGGGACUCUUGAACAAUGCUCGCAGCAGUAAAUUGGACAGCAAGAGGAAACAGAGUACUGUUGGAAAUAGCAAUAAUAACCACGUGAAUUUUAAGAAAUUCGAUUCGAACGGUAGCCAAAGAAGCAUUCAUCUCUCGGAAGAAGAAACGUCAUCUACGACAACGGAAAGUUCUGUUCAAGACGAUCCACCGACUUGUAAGAAUUUCGAUCAGCCUUGCGGCAAAUCGGAGAAAUUGCAAAGGAAACCAGUGACCAAGAAGACUAAACCACAAUCAAUUGUCCCGGUGCCAUGCGUAGAUUAUAGAGACAAUUACGAAGGUGACUGCGACGAUGACGAGUACGACAAAGAAAGGCAGAAUAAUCCCAACAGAUGGAAAACAAGUACAACAAGGUCCACCAUAAAACAUCAUAUUCAUACAUCGCGCACUGUCGAAUCGUCCUUCAAGUUACCUCGACAAAACAAGAACCCUCCUAGGAAGGACAAAGGAUCUCAGAAACGUCGUGGCAUCGACAAAGCGCAUAUGAAAACGACAUCGUUAAACGGAAAUACUAGCCAAAGGGAAGAUUCAACGCGUACAUUGGGCACAAUAUCUGCUCCGUUGCCUCCACCGCCGUCGUGCUGGGGUGAAAACAGAGCCAGAUUCAGCGAUGUUGUAGCAAGAAGUCAAGAGAGUAUUUCGCCAUUCUCGAGCUUAAAUAAAUUACACAAAACUCAAACGACCACGCAUAAUUUGUCGAUGGUCUUCGCUAACGACGCCAAAGAUAUAGAUUACGCUAAACAGCAAUCAAGUCAGGAUAUAAUGCAAAAUACAAAGGAAUACAGAAUGGUAUCUAUGUCACCGCCUCUCUGUGUUCAAACCAUUGAAAAGGAAAAGACGUUCAGUCAGGAUUCCUUGAAAAUCCAGAACUGUUCACAGCAUUCGAAUAGUUAUUUCAUGAAUGCUUUUACAGAGCCUCCAUUUGAACGAGAAUUGGUGCCGUAUGACGAUCUUCCAGAAACGGAUGAACCUUUAAUGGAAUUGGAGAGCCCCGAGGAGGACACACGAUGCCAGUUAUGGGAAGACAAUAAUCCUGUGUUCAAUUUACUUUCCGAUGGUACAAGUGGAUAUCAGUCAGAACCACCAAAGUCCUCAGAAAAACCUCCGAUGCUAACAGACACCUUAAGGGAUAAUUGGGCAACAGUCGAAACAAAUUGGGAACCACUUUACACUAGGGCGGCAGUAGGAGAAGAAAGAAGCGGUGUCUGGGGUGUGAAUACUGGAGGUGUGUGGGCUGCAGGUCCAUGGGGUGCAGCUACACCGCCAGUAGGUUCGCGGCUGACCUCGUUACAUACGGAAACGGACACACAAGAAAGAUCAGGCUUUGAUCCGUUUCGUUCACUGAGUACGAUAUGGACACCGUCAUCCGCAGAAUCUUGGAAGAAGAAGCACGAAGACUAAUCUCGUUCCCAAUAUUCCCGAUAUUGUAUCUUGUGAUAUCGUAGACUUGGUUGAGCGAUUUUCUUUUCUAAUACGAAAAGUAAUAACAUAUUUAUUAGCGACACUUUUGUGAUCGAUAACGCUUAAAAAAGAACUACUGGCUGGUUUUUGUUACUCAUGUUUCACAUAUUUGUGAUAUGUUGUUGAAUAGUACCUCGCAUAAUAAUACCGAAUAUUUUUCGGGCAAAAUUGAUUUGUACUCGUUAAAUCUUCACGUUAUCAUUUGUUGAUCUAUGUUUUUAUUGGGAUUCGGAUGUGGUACGUUGAAAUUUCUUCUAUCGCUACAAGAUCGCACGUUUCUCUUUUGUUUUCUUUCUUUUCUUUUCUUUUUUUUUUCAAAUAGUUUCGAGUCUAAAUGGCCAACCGAAAUCGUAUACCUGAAUUCGAAGUGAGAUCUUCGCAGCAAUCGAAGCACAGGUUAUUCGAAAUGACAAAUAUUGUAAAUGUAAAGAAAAUUUCAAGUUCAUGGAUUUUUACCUCUUUGUUCUAUCACCUUCGUUUCUGUCGUACUUUCUACACAAAACGUACAUAGAAAGUAAUUACAAUACUCAGAAAACGUUGGUCUUGGUGUUACACAAAAGGUAAUAAUUAAGUUACUUGAAACGAGUGAGAACUGUGAUUUUUAUAGUCUUGACUUGUAGAAAUUUCUUCGGUAAGUUUUCAAAAUAUUUUACAAAGUUGUGAUGUAUACAAAACAAAAUAAAAAUGUGUACCUACACUUCAAGACUGGUAA